CACAGCUGUCAAACAAAAAUACCUUCUCGUCAUAUCAGUCGAGCAAGUCUCUCAGUUCGUGAAUUUAAUUUGAUAUGCUGUAGUGUUUGUCGAUUACUAGCUCAUAUUAAAAUGGAAGAGGAUGAUCCCAUUGUUCAAGAGAUCCCAGUUUUUCUAUCCCAGGCCCUUUCGAAGAAUCUUUAUAUUUAUCAGUAUCCAGUCAGACCAGCGAAUAGAGAUUGGAAAGAUGUUAAAGUACUGAAUGCCUCAAUCAAGCCUAAAAACCAGUUGGUGAGGCUCGAGGUUGAAUUAGACACUUACAGCGAUAAAUAUUGUCAAUCUAAAGGCGAGCAGAUUGCACUAAAUACUGAUGGACAUCAGGAAUCUUCAUGGCAUGUCAAAGAAAAAGACCGUGCUCAAUAUUUCCGGCAUGGCAUCAUGGACAAGAUAGUGUAUGAAAGUAGUUCCCCAUGCAGUGAAACGCAGCACUAUGCUGUUGCUAUAUUGCAAGACAAAGAGCUACACUGCACUCCAAUACAAGGUAUAGUGCAGUUGCGGCCAUCUUAUUCUUACUUCGACAAACAAGACAAACGUAAACAGGACAAGAGUAAGGCUGAAGAAUCUGAUGAAGAAGAAAAAGAACCGGAAGCACAACAGGUGACAGUGAAAUUCGCGCGUCAAGAGACUGAUUUAGCAAAGAAAGCACGCGAGAAAUCAUUCGAAACCAUUUCCCAGCGGAUAUCUGAAGAGCCCUGGUUCGACGCCCUGUGGAGACAUUCUGAUACAGAUCAAGCAGAACUCGAGCGUCUCAAGCUGUUCAGCAUGACGUCAGCAGACGGGUCGGCCCUGACGGUCCGGGCGAAGGACUACAUCCGAACCCUGGUGCCGCCCGCGCCGCCUGACGAGGCAGACGUGGCUCCCGCCACCAGGCCCUCGCCGCAGGAUCAGAUAACGCAGAUACUUAUCAAUGCAAAACUGAUGACGUUCAACGACCUUAGAGCUUUGGUCCGUACCGACGAAGGCCAGUUACCUGAACCAGCUCUACUAUCAGCUCUGAGCGCGAGCGCGUGCUGCGUGCGCGGCGUGUGGGCGGCGCGCUCGGGCUCGCUGUACACGCGCGCCGCCCGCGUGCCGCAGCGGCUGCUGUGCGCUGCCCGGGACCACGCACUCUACCUCUUCACACAACAUCCGUACGUUGACCGGCGGAAGUUCGCCGCAGCGGUCCGUCUCCCGGCCCUCGAAGUGCUGGAAAUUCUCCAGUCAGUCGCCAAAUACAAUCCCCGCACUGGCUGGGAACUCCUCAUACCCCCAGACACGGCCUUCGAAGCCAAAUACCCUGACGUCAUCCAGCGCCAAAACCUGUACUGGGAGGCCAGGCAACGCCAGUUCAACGAGAUGCUGAUAGGCGAAAGUAUACCCAAACGUCAACGCAAGAAGUCUCAAAGGGAGUCGGUGAGUUCUGAUACCAUGAUGAGCCCCAAACCUAGGUGUAACAGUGUGAGUGAGGAAGACAGUGAUAGAAAGAGACACAAGAACAAAUCCGCCACUGGAGUUGGUAAACGGACUCGGCAUAUUAGCUCCUCCAGUGCACAUGACGGAACGUGAUCUAUACAAUAGUUAGGUUAUCAAAUUUGUAAUGUAGUCACUGCCUGCUGCGUGCGACAAGUCGCGCUUUUAAUACUGUAAUAUGCGAUGAACUGGCCGAUGUUUUCAAUCAAUAGAAAAUAGCUUUUAAGGUACUUUUUAAUAAGACCUUUUUUGGAGCAAACCCCCUCAGUGGUGUUUUAUAAGACCUCACACUAAGGCCCAGAACAGACGGUGAAACGCAACUGCAAAGAAACUGGAACUGCUAGUUACUUUUGAGCUGCAUCUAAGUUUCUGCCAUAGCGUCCGUUGAGAGAACACAUGACGCGACCAGUUUGAAACUUUCAGUUUCAGUUUCAUUCAUAAGAAUCAUCAGAAAGUUGCAGUUUCGUUGCAGUUGCGUUUCGCCGUCUGUUCUGGGCCUAACUGUUGGUAAUUGACAUUUUUAUCCUAACGCACUUGUCAUACAAUUUUCCGUGUGCAGUCCUGCAAAGGGACGACUCAAAACGUCUUAUUUGAAAGAGCCUAUAAACUAAUUUCAGGGGAUCCUAAUCUCUUCUAACUUUGAGAAGGCUUUUUUACCACUGGGUUAUCUCUAGUAAUUGCGAAUGGUGCUCUUAAGUAGAAGUAGAAUAUCUUUCCUAAUAAAAUAAACGAUAUUUAAUUUAAGUACUUGCUUGAGUAUUGAACUUAGAAUGGUUUAGGGACCCUUGUCAUUAAUUAUUUAUUUUGCAUUUAUACAAAUAACAUGUUUAUGUACAUAGUUGGCCAUUUUAUCGUACAGCUACAAUUAAUAAGGAAAUAAAUAAACUGAAUUAAAUUUUUACAGCUUAGACACUGUAUGACAUCACUGUAAAAUAUAUACUUUUUGUAUUAUUAUUGUUCCUAGUGGUAUUAUUUUACAACGAAUCAUUUGCGCGGUCAAGUUUGUCGAAUGAAUUUAUGGGUAUCCUUCCGUUUGGCCAAAUUACUUUUCGCCAAAUUUCACUUCGCAAACAACUUAUCGCCAAAGUUUAAUUUCCCAAAUGAACUUUUAGCAAAUGUACUUUUCGCAACUAUUUCAUUUGGU